CCAAAAUAGGAAUCACUUCGUAUAGCAAAAUUAUCUUGAAAACUCCUUUAGUACCUACAGGCCCAGUGCAUGUGCAAGGCAUUUAGUUUAAUCUCAUCGUUCCCCAAGAAAAAUGGUUUUCUUCAGUCAUAUGCAUCACAACAAAGAACAGGACAUUUGGUAUUCAUCAACGAUGUUCUUCCAGAGCUCCUUCAGAUGGCUUCUCUCGAUUACAAACUGUUUUGGAAACUCCGAAUUCUUUCCACUGAUUCAGCCAUAGCCUCUUAACUAAUUUAUAAACCGCUGUGAUUUAGCAGCUCCAGGAAGUUAGAGGAUAAUGUUGUGGAAUUUGCUCAUUCUUAGAGCAAACUCUUUCUGCUCUUUACUGUCUUGGGACCGUCUUCUACUUUCUUUGCUGAAAACAGGUUCCCCCAAGGGACCUUGAAAUCUUUCAAAGCCACAAUGCAAAAAACAUCAGUGUGGCUUCUCCUCAGUUUAGCCUAUUCUUUAUCCAGUGCAAGAAGACAAGGAGAAAGACAUGCCCCUGUCCCCUAUUUCCAAGAUGACAUCAAUGUCCUCUCUCAGGGGCUUCUACAGCUUGGAGUGGAGCUCAAGAUGCAAGUGAGCUACAGCAAAAAUCACAUUGGCCACCUGUUUAAACAACUGGACAGUCUGAAUACCUCUUUAGUUGAGCUUCUAACUCAAGUCAGCCAGCAGGAGGGAAAGAAAGAGGACCUGGAGAGGAGAGCUGAGCAGCUCGGCAAGAGGAAUGAAGACCUCCAUCAGCUGGUUGCUGAGCUCCAGCAUCAGAUGGUUGCCGGGAUAAAGGACAGAGAGAAUUUCAAUGAGAGGCUAAACUUGCUGGAGCAGAAGAUGGAGGAUGCUGUGUUCUUCAAGGCAGGUGGGCUUUCUCUGACAGAAGUGAUGGACGACAUUAUGCCCUUUUUGCAAAGACAGAGCCAAAGAAUUGAUGAACUAUUUGCGGAAGUGGAAAUGCAGCAAAACCAAUUGCACAAACGAGAUACCCUCAUUAAAAGGCUACGGGAAAAGGUUAAAUCAAAGCACAAACUCACAAAGGAAACAGUAAAAAAUGGAAAGAAAACCCCUGAUGUGUAGGGUGAAGAGAAUGUUUCGUCUUCAGGAAUCAGCAAGGAAAACGGAGCAUGAAUCCUGUUCUAGGGCACAAGUCAGAGUCCACACAAGGCGGCCUGCCCUGGGAAAUGGCACAAGAUUAGAAGGAGGUGCUGGGGGUGUUGUCCCGAGCAGCAGCUUGCCCCUUAGUAACCUCUGCUCUGUGGGCCAGGCUGCAAUGUUUUGUGUAAAUGCUGGCACUGUAUUCUGAACAUCGGGGACCUCUAACCCCGCCCCCGCAACAAGCAAAUGCAGUUAAGUAGCUAGAGACAAAAUGUUACCCAAAUUGUUUAGAAACACUACAAUAAAUGACCCAAUAUUCUCUCUCUCUAGUCAUGUUAUGUUUUUAAAAAUGCACUCUAAAACAGAAAUCAAAUGAGAGCAAGAGAAACAAAUAGAAAGCCAGCAAACUCUUAUACUUGUUAUUACACCACUUUUUAAAGAUUUUGAAGGGAAAAAUAACCCAUUCUUUCCCAAUUGAUGAACUACAAUUUGAACAUCCGAUAUGGUUUCUUGAACAACUAUGGAUAUUGAACAACUAUUAUUACUAAUAAUAAUUUGUCUUUGAACAUGGACUACAUGCUCACAUAUCCUAUAUUUUCAGAGUACCUCUUCUAUUGCCCUCAAUUCCCACCCCUUCUUCUUCUGAGAAAGGUAACAAUUCCUCUUAAGAAAGGGCUUGGAAAAUCAGCAUUCCUCCUGUUAAAUAAAGCAGGACCUCAAGCUGGGGCAAAGAGAAUGUUCCCUUUUAGAAAGAGGUAAAAGUACCUGAACUCUCCUUAAAAUCCACUCACUUGUUUAAGAAAAGUCCAACUACUUUUCAAUAGCAAAAGACCCAACAGGAAAGUUGGGAUGUUUUUAGGUCUUAUCUGGAUCAGAUUCACAGUGAAAAGAAUCACAAAUACAUAAACAUUUGAAA